AUGCUCUCCUUUCUGAGACUAGAGUCAGCUUCGGACAACGAGAGCCCUCGAUUGAGCGAGAUACAGGCCCUUCGUCCCCUUGGUGACCGCCAAGAUGUCCUGAUUCUCUCAUGUUGCUGGCAUCCAGAUAUCCCCAAUAUCAUUGCUGUCACUGCCUCUAGUAACGAAGUCCAUGUACUUCGACUCGAUGAAUCGUGGAACGUCAUCCCUGGUGAGAGUUUGAUUCACUGUCACGAUGACCAGGCCUGGACAGCCGUAUUCGCUCGUCGACCCCAGGAGUCUGCCGAUAUGCAUUCAUUCGAGAUUUUCUCUGGGGGCGAUGACUUCAAACUCCUUAGCAGCACGUGCGAAUUCGACUCUGCUGGAGCCUUGUCCAUCCCAGAGGCAACCAGACAAAUUGGACGACAUGACUAUGGAGUCACUGCUAUCCUGCCGUUGCACCUGAGUCAAGAAACACAGGAGGCUAUUCUGGUGACCGGAAGCUAUGAUGACCACAUCAGAGUAUACGUUGUCGGACUGGCGUCUCGGCUACUUGCAAAGCUGGAUCUAGGUGGUGGUGUUUGGAGGUUGAAGACAAUUUCUUUUGAGGCUGAUGAUGAUGGCCUUGGAAGUUGGAAUGCAACAAUUUUGGCGUCUUGCAUGUAUGCAGGCGCCAGGGUGGUCAAGUUUUCCGGUGACUGGUACCAAUGCAAGAUUGAAAUUCUAGCACGUUUCGAGGAGCACGAAAGCAUGAAUUAUGGCAGCGACUUUCGUAUUUCAAGAGACGGAAAGUUGGUCCGUAUCAUGUCAACCAGCUUUUAUGACAAGCGGUUGUGUUUGUGGGAGUUCUCCGAGGCUCAUUGA